AUGCAAGUAUCUGAAAAGUUGAAUCUUGUCAAGUCAGUGACAACUCAGAGGAGCUACCGACCUAUUGCUAUAAAGGAGUUUUAUGCAAACCUAAUGAAGAGCAUCAAGGAGGCUGGAUCACAACUAUAUGGGCGUGUCUGGCUGAGAGGAAAUGAAUACAAUUUCGAUACUCGCACUAUCAACCUAUAUCUGGGCAUUGAUGCAAGUGAUAUUGAGGAUCCAAUUAUAUGGGCGAACACCAUCACAAAGGUCAUUACUAGAGGAACUUAUAGCUAUUGGCCUGCUGAAACCAACAUGCUGCCUGCCAAAUCACUGACAACAAAGUAUGCAAUUCUGCACAAAUUAGCCAUGACAAAUUGGAUGCCAAAUGAACGUAGAGGAGGAUUGAACUUGCUCAUGGCCACCUUGAUCUACAAAAUAGGAAAAGGUAUUCCCAUUGACUUAGGUGAUAUAAUCUUCAAACAUGUGGCAUCUUUCAGAAAACCAGAGUCAAAGGAAAGCAAAGUGAAGCUACCUUUUCCCUGCACAAUUUAUGGAGUACUGCGCACACAAGGAUUCAAACCUGAGCAGAAUGAACCUAUCGAAUCCCCUCAAGUUAGAAUGAUUGAUGCCCGACUCAAACAAGGAACUCAUGUGCUUGACAUCUUUCCAGAACAUGCAAGUAGCUCAGCCCCAGCCUUGAACCUUGACGUCCCUUUCACCAGCAAACUCACAGCCCAGCACCUUGAUAGAAGCAUCAAAGAUCUCAACACGAUCAUACAGAUACUUGUUGAAAAGAGAACAGUUGAGAUGCAAUUGCGUGAACAAUUGAGGUUGAGAGAUCAAGAGAUGACUGCUACUACUGCUGAACCACCUACUGAUCCUUCCAUGGCAAGUGAUGAACAGACUACUGAAAACCCACCAGAAGGUGAUUCCACCAUGAACCGCCAGGAGGAUGAGUCCUCAGAAUCUGGCAAUAGGGGGAGUAGUAACAACCUUUCUAAGCAUUGGUUACCGUUAAUUGGUUAUUACUUGGUUAAACCAUUACUUGGUUAUUACUUGGUUACUUUUGGUUACAUUUUUUUGAAGACCCCCAGAUCUGCUAAGAAGAUUUUGUAUUUUAGAAAUUUGUAA